CUGCAUUGUAUUUAGUGUGCUUUUUAAAAUGGUUUUAUCUAAUCUUGAAAAAAUCAGGCAACAAAAUAUCAUCAAAAACCAAUUAAUAUUAAAAAAAUUAAACCUUGAUAAAGUUUCAAAAAAUAUCUAUAAUCAUCUAAAAACAAAUCAAGAUCAAAAAAAAAAUACUUCAUCAAAAAAUAUUAUAAAUAAUAGAGUAACCAAACAACCAAUAAGAAAAUCAAAGCGUUUGAGAGGUAUUAAAAUCGACCCUGUUUAUUUAAAUUCUGAUAAUACAAUAUCUGUUGGCUCAAAUGAUUUUCAAAAUAAAAAUUCCAAUACUAAUAACCUAGAUGAUUAUAAAAAAAAAUUAAAAGAAUUAGAAAAACAAAAGCUAGCUGGAGAUGUUAAAUUAGUUGAUGUUUUAAAAAAAUACCAAAACAAGACUGCAAAAAAUACCAAUAAAAAUACCAAUAAAAAUGACAAUAAAAAUUUAAUACAAGAUGAAAUAGAAUUGGUAAAUAUCUUUAACGAAAUAGGAAAAUCACUAUCUACUGGUGAUUUCUAUGACAUUACUUCAGAUUUUAAAUUAUCUUCUAAUAAUACAAAUGUUAAAGAAUUAAGAAGUUUUUUCAAUAAUUUAAACAUUUAUCCCCAUGCUUUACCCAAUGAUAUUAAUUUAACUACGACUAGAAUCACUUAUAUUAAUUUCCAUCCUACUGUGGAUAAAAAAUUAAUAUUUGCAGGUGAUACUGAAGGUGACUUGGGAAUUUGGAAUGUUAAUGAUCAUUUAAAUGAUGAUCUGAAUUUGCAAAUUAACAAUUUAAAGAUUCACACAAAACAUAUAAUAAAACUUGAAAUUCAACCUCAAAAUAAUCAAAACUUAAUAACAUCAAGCUAUGAUGGUUCAAUUCGGUUAACUAAUUUUGAAAAAUCAAUUAGUUCUAACUUAUUAGAUUUAACCGAUUCAACUGGAAUUUCUGAUUUUAAUUUUAUAAGUUUAAUGGAUCCAAAUUUAAUUUAUUUUACAACUUUAUUAGGUCAAUUUGGUUUAUUAGAUUUACGAAUCAAAAAUAAAAAUAUUCAAAACUAUAAUGAUUUAUUUAGAAUACAUGAUAAAAAAAUUGGUUCCUUUUCUAUUUCACCACAAAACGAGUUUCAGAUUUCAACAGCUUCAUUGGAUAGAUCAAUGAAAAUUUGGGAUAUUAGAAAAAUUAAUAAACAAAAUCAGUUUACAGAAAAAUUUUUAAAUGAAAAAUCUUUUGAUUGUUAUGGCUAUUAUAAUUCUAAAUUAAGCAUAAGUUCAUCUGAUUGGAAUUCUUCUGGUGAUAUUGUUUGUAAUGGUUACGAUAAUACCAUUCGAAUAUUCAAUAAUGUGAACAGAAAAUUAAAUUUUGAUCAAAAUUUAAUUGAAUUCAAACCUGAUCGUACAAUUCAACAUAAUUGUAAAACAGGAAAAUGGGUCAGUAUUUUGAAAUCAAAAUGGCAAAAAUUGCCUAAAGAUAAUAUUGAAAAAUUUUUAAUUGGUAAUAUGAAAAAAUAUAUUGAUGUUUAUACCUCUGAUGGUAUUCAAAUUGGUCAUUUAGGUGGGCCAGAAGAUAAUGUAAAAUCUAUACCAGCAGUUGUUCAAUUUCACCCUUUGGAGAAUUGGAUUGUUGGUGGCUCAGCAUAUGGAAAAUGUGUUUUAUAUUUUUAAAAAAAGCUAUGUCUUUUGUUCUUUUUGAUAUCAUGAUAUUUUGUAUUAAAAACAUUUUAC